AUGGUUGAUUCGCAGUAUGGAAAACGUGAUGCCAUGACAAUCUUGAGAAGCUGUCUAGUGGGCCGUGCACAUGAUAUUAUCCAAGGGAUAGGAAGUGAUUAUGACGCGGCAUGGGAGCUCUUGGACUCUAUGUUUGGCGACCCCAGAAUCGUAGCAGAUACUAUCAUCAAUGACUUAACCAAAUUCAGACCCUUGAAGGAAAACGAGGAUAAUAGAUUUUGUGAAUUGGUUAAUCUUGUAAGAAGAAGCUACAACAUCCUCAAGCUUGUGGGGAAGAAGAGCGAUAUGGACAACAGUCAUAUGCUAGCCACCAUAGAAAGAAAGAUGUGCCCUAAUGACAGAAAGAAUUGGUUUAGAUACCAAGAAACAGAGAAGCAAACUGCAGGUCUUCAAACUUUGUUGACAUGGUUAAACCUAGAAAUGAAGGCACGAAUUAGAUCUUCAGCGCCAUUGAGAUCCCAAAGCGAAGGCCGUUCAGCAAACGUCAACCAAAUGUCAAUGAAAGAGAAGAAUAAACCAGCCUACAGUGAUAGACGUCAUGAAGAUCAGCCACCGGACCGAAUUCAAAGACAACAUCGAUGCUGGUAUUGCAAGACGGAUGAACACUGGAUCGAUCAGUGUAAGCGCCUGACAUCUAUGGGUGCCCCAGAGAGACUUAAGUUCUUCAAAGAAAACAGAUGCUGCUUUAGCUGUUUGAAAAAAGCAGGGAAAAAUCACUUCAUGGCAAACUGCAGAAGAAGGCAGAGGUGUCCAGAGCAAGGGUGUACUUACUACCAUCAUCCUUUGCUUCAUAUGGAAGUGGGUCACCAAUCAGAGAAUGAGAGCAGUAAAAACAACGUUAACGUUGCAACUACUGUCGGAGCUUCACUUCUGCCAAUCCUAACCAUAGACAUUGCCAGUGAUUUACAGACAAGAGCAAAUGUUCUGCUAGAUAGCGGCUCACAAGUUAGUUUGAUCAAGAACUCACUAGCAGAGAAACUCCACUUGACUGGUACCAGAACUAGAAUCACCAUUAAAAAACUUGGUGAAGUUGAGGAAGAGUUGGAGACAUUCAAAUACAAGUUGCCGAUUCGGGAAGCGAAUACAUCCAAGAAACAUCAGUUCAUCAAAGUUGUAGGUGUACCUUCAAUCACGGAGGAAGAAGCUGUAAGUGUGAAAGACCUAGCAGAUCAGUUCGAUAUUCCCAACCUGAAUCGAGAUAGUGGACCUGUAGAAGUUCUGAUAGGCGUUGACUAUCCAAGAUACAUUGUAGGCGGAAAACUGAAGAAGAGAAAAAACUGUAUCGCAAGAAAGACUCCGUUAGGAUGGGUAAUCUUCGGCGGCACAGAUAAGAGAACCAUUUGUGUGAAUGUGCUACAUGUCGCAGUCCAGAACCCCGAUCUGUCAGAAUUUUGGCGACUGGAAUCACAAGGGGUAGGUUGUCAGUGCCAAGAGACUACCAAGCUAACCAAGCAAGAACAGAUAGAGGAAGAAAUCAUCAGAGCUUCUUCGCAGAAUAAAGGAAAGAAAUGGGAGAUAGCCUAUCCAUGGCAACGGGAUCCUCAUGAACUCCCAGAUAACAAAAGUCAAGCAGUGAAAAUACUGGAGUCUACUGAGAAGAGACUUGCUAGAAAUCCAGGGCAUGCAGAGGCCUAUAACAAGCAAAUUCAUGAACUGGAAGAAAUGGGAUUUGCUAAGAAACUAACAGCAGCAGAUAUCAAGAAUUAUGAAGGGCCAGUUCAUUACAUAUCACACCAUGCGGUUGUGAGGCCAGAAAAGAAGAGCACCCCUCUCCGAAUAGUCUUCAAUUCAUCAGCAUCAUUCCAAGGUCAUCGAUUAAACGAGUACUGGAUGAAAGGCCCUGAUCUCCUGAACAAUCUGAUUGGAGUACUUCUGAGAUUCAGGGAAAACAAAGUGGCCUUAUGCGGGGAUAUAUAA